UGCCUAUAAAUUAAGUGGCUUAGAGUCGAGUCUGGAGAGAGAACUAGCCUGCAAUACAAUCCAAAAUUCAAGUAGCAAAAAAUAAUCCCAAGUGUUUCAAAGAAAGAGAUGAAGCUCACACUUGGUGUUGGUUUCUUCCUUCUCCUCUCUGUUCUCUCUUUUUGCAAUCUAAACUAUGCAAGAAAUCUACCAGAGGAUUAUUGGAAGAGCAUAAUGAAAGAUCAGAAAAUACCAGAAGCUAUCAGAGGCAUGUUUGUUGAAGAUCCAGCUUCUUCUUCUUCUUCUUCUUCAGGUGGUAAUGUGAAGAGCCAUUUUGUUAAGGAUUUUGAUACCAGGACUAUUGCUGUAAUAUAUCGCAGCUAUGGCGAUAAUAAGAAAAUGAACAGUCCCCAUGUGGAGGAAUCCAGAGACGAUAAGAUUAAAGGAGAGAAACCCUUGGUUGAUCAGCAUAAAAAUCCAGAGACGGAAGUUCCUGUAGAUAGCAGAAAUCACAAAGGGAAGGUUUAAGCCUAUCAAUUGUUCGACAAAAGAGCUGAACGAUGUUUAUAGAAUAUGUAGAUUGAUGAUUAAGUGUGCUUGUAUUAGUGCUUUUUUUUUUCUUCAAAUCUCGAUAUUUUUAUUAAUUAGUCUUUCUUCUGUU